AUGUCAAGCUUUGAAAUGGAAGACCUCACCAAUCAGGACAAUAGCACCGAACUUGCAGAUAUCUCGCAAACUGGAAAGCGAACUGCGCAGUCUCUGUACGCUCCCGAUGACAGCAUACAAGUCUGGUCGUUUACAGUCGCCUCGGUAAUGGCAAUCCUCUCAAUCCCACUCUUGUUCUUCCCCCGAUUUCUCCUCUUCCUAUGCGACUCGGACGCCCAUUUAACCCCGCUGGAACAAUUCCUCUCGAAUCAGCUGGGGGUCAUGCUCCUUGUUCUGGCAACUGCAAGCAUCAUUGCCGCCCCUGACACGCAAUCCACCACACUGGAGACCACGGCGCAAGGCUCUCAUCCGCUCUUGCCACCGCUCACUAUCGGUGCGGGAUUUAGUGCAUUAUUAGCAUGGAAUUCAAAGGGGAUUGGGUCGCUUGGAACCUUUGUCAGCCUCGGCAAUGGGCUGGCUGCCGCCUGGGGAUUCUGGACGCUGCUGUUCUCUGGUUCUUCGUACAUCUCGCGCAAGACUGGGGCUGACAAGCGCACCUCGACGUAUUUAUUUGGUAACAAAAAGGCAGCAAGUGCGCAAAAGAAGGAGUGGAAAUCAAGACAGAAAUUACAAUGA